GAACGCGCCGAGCAGCACUGAAUUGCACUCGUGUGAUCCGUCGAACGCUAUAGAUAUAUGUACGCAUCGUGCGUGCUUGACAUUCGUUUCACAUUGCGUCGCGAGGCUCCCGGUCGCAGCCGCUCGGUUGAUUCGCGAGAAAAUGCGAUUCUCCCGUCUAUUUGCGGGACACAGUCGGCUCGGCGUUUAGAGCGUCGAUCGCAUUGAGAAUCAAAUCGCUGUCAAAGUGAAAGCACACAGGAUGCGCAGUAGAAGCAACUCCGGCGUCCGCCUGGACUACUACCAGCGGAUCGUCCACAAGAUAAUCAUGAACCACCAGAACCCCGUCACCGGACUCUUCCCCGCGAGCGCCGACAACGAUCACGCCUGGAUACGCGACAACAUUUACUGCAUACUCGCCGUGUGGGGCCUGUCGAUGGCCUACAAGAAGAUAGCGGACGCCGACGAGGACCGGGCCAAGACCUACGAGCUCGAGCAGAGCUGCGUGAAGCUGAUGCGGGGCCUGCUGAUGGCAAUGAUGCAGCAGAAGGAGAAGGUGGAGUUGUUCAAGUCUAGUCAGAAUCCGCACGACGCCCUGCACGCCAAGUACAGCUCCACCAACGGCCAGUCUGUGGUCGGCGACACCGAGUGGGGACACCUCCAGAUCGACGCGAUUUCUCUGUACCUCUUAAUUCUGGCCCAGAUGAUCGCCUCCGGCUUGCAAAUUGUUUUCAAUCUGGAUGAGGUGGCCUUUAUUCAGAACUUGGUAUUUUACAUCGAAUCUGCGUACUGCACCCCGGACUACGGAAUUUGGGAAAGAGGUGACAAGACGAAUCACGGUUUGCCCGAGUUAAAUGCGAGCAGCAUCGGGAUGGCCAAGGCCGCGAUGGAGGCGAUGAACGAGCUGGAUUUGUUCGGGGCGAGAGGCGGACCCACGUCGGUCAUUCACGUUCUGGCGGACGAGGCGCAGAAGUGUCAAGCGGUGCUGCAAUCCAUGCUGCCCAGGGAGUCCAACUCCAAGGAGCUGGACAGUGGCUUGUUGUCGAUUAUAAGUUUCCCCGCGUUCGCGGUGGACGAGCCCAACUUAAUUCACGAGACGCGCGAGGCUAUUACCAAGAAAUUGCAGGGACGAUACGGUUAUAAAAGAUUUUUGAGGGACGGAUAUAAAACGCCAAAGGAGGAUGCCAAUAGGUUGUAUUACGAGCCGUGGGAACUCCGUAUGUUUGAGAAUAUCGAAUGCGAGUGGCCGUUGUUCUUCUGUUAUUUAAUAUUGGACUACUGCUUCCAAGGUAAUAAGGAAACAGCGGAGACGUUCACCAAACAGUUGGAGGAAGUAAUGAUCAAAACGGAAGACGGUAUGAAAUUGGUGCCUGAAUUAUAUUCCGUCGCACCUGAGGAUGUACCGGCGGAGUAUGCCGAGCCCGGUAGCCAAAACCGGAUAGCUUUGGGCAGAUGUCCAUUUAAAUGGGCGCAAUCUCUUUAUAUUCUAGGAAAAUUGUUGCAGGAGGGAUUUCUCGCGGUCGGCGAGCUGGAUCCCUUGAAUAGACGUUUGUGUAGCGAGAAAAAGCCGGAUGUUGUGGUACAAGUAGUUAUCUUGGCAGAAGAUACAGAAAUCAGGGAAAAAAUUGCGCAGCACGACAUUCACGUGCAAACAAUUGCGGAAGUUGCGCCGAUUGAGGUGCAACCUGCCAAAGUCCUCAGUCAUUUGUACACAUAUUUAGGGCGCAACAGGAAACUGGGAUUGUCCGGACGUAAGUCAAGGGACGUAGGAAUUCUCAGCACUAGUAAACUGUAUUCCUUACAAGAUAAGAUAUUCGCAUUCACGCCGCAGAAAUUUGACACGGAGGAGUACUACACUACAAACGACGUCGACCUGCUUGUGAACACUUUUACAACCACCUUGGCCUUCCUCAAAAUCAACUGGAAGCAAAUGCUCGGCAGACCAACUGUAACCCUUGUCGCUACUCAUAAUCAUUUAGAUCAAGGUAAGAUACCAUUAGCUAUGAUAACAACCCUGAAAAAGCUUAAGAGCGGCUACAUCAACGGUACUAGAGUAUCAUUGGGAAAUUUGAACGAUUUCUUGAGUACGUCCUGCAUCACGAAUCUUAGUUUCCUGGGAAGUUCCGAGGAUGGCCGUCCUGACAAACUAAAUCCUCAGAUCCAACAAUAUUUAGAGGAACAUUUAAUGCGGCCAUUCCCUCAUCGUACAGGACUUCUUAACAAGCAUAUAUCGAUACGUACAGGAAAAAAUCUACGGCGCAGAAUGUCCGUGAAAGGCGCGAUAAAAAAGACCCGAUCCAUAGCUGUCGAACCUGAAAUUCUUGGAAUGGCAGGGGAAGACCGUAGGCAUUCUACUGUUUUAAUUGCAAAUCCAUUUAUUGAAGUGACCGAUACUACACUGUCUCUCAACGCCACUCAACCGGUGACGAUUGAACGCACGCCAUCGCCAACUGACGAAGUGUUAUCGUGGAAAAAUUCCCCCAAAACCAAACAUAGAACAAUAUCCGAGGCUCAGUACGCCGAGACUGAAGUGGAGGAAUUGCUGUCUAUGCUGCGCGAAACGGAAAGUCUCGAAGAGCAAGGAGACAUUCUGCAGUAUAUUGUGGACUCGAAGGGACUGCUUUUCGACACGGGCGUACUGGAAGAGGGACAUCCCGUUUUGGUGAAGGAUCUGUUGAAGAGUCUUUAUGAGAAGGCUUGUCAACAGAAAAUGUGGGGUAUUGUGCGACACAGCGCGGGCAUGUUGGGCAAAAGAGUAGAGGAUUUAGCGAAAGCGGUCACCGAUCUUCUAGUGAGGCAAAAGCAAGUUACUGUCGGUAUGCCACCGAGCAACGAGCACACGAUAGUCGCGCCUUUACCGGAGAAUGAACUGCGAGCGCUGAUUCAUCAGGCGUACGGUGACGACGAGUCGACAGCUAUGUUGACGCAGGAAUUGCUUGUUUACCUGGCGAUGUUUAUCAGAACGGAGCCACAACUGUUCCACGAGAUGCUGAGAUUACGCGUCGGUCUGAUUAUACAAGUUAUGGCGACGGAACUGUCGCGGACGUUAAUCUGCACCGGCGAAGAGGCUUCCGAGCACCUGCUAAAUCUAUCCCCCUUCGAGAUGAAAAACUUACUGCAUCAUAUUAUGAGCGGAAAAGAAUUUGCUAUUAGCAGUGUUGGUCGUGGCAACUUUUCCGUCAUUAGCUGCAAAUCCAAUAGAGUCAGCAAGAAAUCUCAAAUCGGUGGUUUCUUAAGUGCUGAUCAGAAUGAUAGUGAGACAGAAGCAGAUCGUCAAGGUCAGUGGUUGCGAAGGCGACGAUUAGACGGCGCAUUGAACAGAGUGCCGAGAGAUUUCUAUCCGCGCGUAUGGCAAGUACUCGAAAAAUGCAAUGGUUUGGCGAUUGAAGGAAGAGUAUUGCCUCAAAAUCUCACUCAGGAAAUGACAUCUGGCGAGUUGAAAUUUGCAUUGGCUGUAGAAACAGUUUUAAAUACUAUACCACAGCCGGAAUAUCGUCAACUUGUCGUUGAGGCUCUAAUGGUACUGACAUUAGUGACCGAGUACAACGUUGUGCCAUCUUUAGGGGGUCUAAUCGAGGUUGAACAUUUAGUACAUAAAGCAAACGCUAUUUUCUUGGAGGAUCAGAUGGCUAUUGACGGCGAUGCGACGUUAUGUUGUGCAAAGCCAAAGGAGCAACGUGAAAUGACGCCCAUGGGAACACUUCUCUGUGGUGGAGCGGCAUACAUUUGUCAACACUUUUACGAUACUGCUCCUAGCGGAAGCUAUGGAACAAUGACAUACAUUACAAGAGCCGUUGCCGUAACGCUUGAUUGUCUACCAAAGGAUGGCGACUUGGAAUGCUCAAUAUCAUAAAAAAAAUAUAAUUUUAGAAAUAAAUGUUUGUUAAUUGUGGCAAAGAUAUUACCAAAAUAAAUAUUUUAGACAAA